UUGGUGCUGUACGUCCAGUGCGGUGGCUUAAGGUAUGGUAGAGCCGGUGAGGCAGUUGCACCCUUUUCUACUUCCAAUCCCGCCACCUCUACCGUCAUCCCCCCUCCCCCACAAUCCACAGUUACACACUCCUUAAAUUACAUCCCUCGAGCACACUUGCACUCAAGUACUGUACAGCACAGUGGACUACGGUGAUACUACUUCAUACGGCGCCCUUCCCCUUCCUUUCCACCUCACCUCCUUCGCCCACGACUGCCCCGCGGCAGUGCUUGAUCAACGCCCUCACGCUCGAGAGAUCAGCAUGUCGUUCAUACCCUCGCGCAGACACUUCACUUCGGAGGACGUUUCGACGAGCACUAGCGGGAGCAUCAUCACGCCGAUACUAAGGGUCCUACGGGACCCUGCAUCGUUGCUUUCGUCCGCGUUUGUGCUGGAUGAACGUAUGAAACGACAUCAACUUGCUAGCGCUAGAUUGAAAAAUGCAACGACAUACGCCGGCUGGCACAAGGCCGCACAGGAACUCGACGUUCUGGAGGGCAAUGAAGCAUGGAAGUCCGAAGUCGAAUCACCGGAUUACGAUUACACCCUCGUAGCGGCACGUCUGAGGCAGCUCGAUGAAGCACGGAUAUCAUGCGACGUCAACAGGAUGUUGUUCCUAAUCCGCACGACGCUCUCGCGAAAUCUGGGGGAUAUGGAGAAUAUUCGUCUAUACAAACACUCCCACACCGGUACAAAGCGAUUAAUAGAAGAAUACAUCAACUCCUGCGUGCUAACUCUAAACGCUCUACUUACAAUUCCCCCAACACUCGACGCACCAUCGAGCCGUGAGAUCUUGGACUCGCUGCUAAAGACCCGCCAGGCCUUCGGCCGCACAGCACUGCUCCUAUCGGGCGGCGCAACGUUCGGCAUGAACCAUGUGGGCGUGCUUAAAGCGCUGUUGGAGCAAUCCCUCCUGCCCAGGAUCAUAUCCGGAGCCUCGGCGGGGUCGAUAGUAGCGGCGGUGUUGUGCACACGCACGGACGACGAGAUACCCACCAUAUUAGAGGAAUUCCCCUAUGGGAACCUAGACGUUUUCGAGGACGGGAAAAAGCCGGAGAGUGUGCUUCAGCGGGUGACGAGGUUCUUGAAGAUCGGUGCCUGGAUCGACAUUAAGUACCUCACGCGAGUGAUGCGGGAGUUAUUGGGGGACAUUACCUUUCAAGAGGCGUAUAAUCGUACCAGGAGGAUUUUGAAUAUUUGCGUCAGCAGCGCUAGCAUAUACGAGCUCCCCCGCCUAUUAAACUACGUCUCAGCCCCGAAUGUUUUAAUUUGGUCCGCCGUGGCAGCAUCCUGCUCCGUGCCCUUCCUCUUCACCUCCACUUCGAUUCUAGCAAAAGAUCCCCAAACCGGCCUCCCAACACCCUGGGACCCAUCCCCGCAACGCUGGAUAGACGGCAGCGUGGACAAUGACCUCCCCAUGUCACGACUCUCCGAAAUGUUCAACGUGAACCACUUCAUCGUAAGCCAAGUAAACCCGCACGUGGUGCCCUUCCUAACCAAAGAUCCGCCUUCCUCCCCCUCCCCCCCCUCUCUCAUCACCGCCCCCACACCAGAGCCGACCUCAACCUGGCGCACGAAAAUCCUAACCUUAGCGCACACCGAGACUCUCCACCGCCUGAACAUCCUCUCAGAGUUAGGCAUCUUCCCCACGUCAAUGACCAAGCUGCGUGCUGUGCUGAGCCAAAAGUACUCGGGCGACAUCAAUAUAUUCCCGGAAACGCCGUACGCCGACCUGCCGCGCAUGCUGAAGAACCCGACGGCAGAGUUCGUGCGCACGGCCAUGGAGCGCGGUGAGCGCGCAACGUGGCCGCGUCUGACGCGCGUGCGGAACCAUGUCCUUGUUGAGUUGGAGCUGGAUCGUGUCAUUCAUGUUUUGCGCACAAGGGUGGUGUUUGAACCGGGUAGGGGUGAUGGGUCAUGGGCGACGGCGGGGGUGGGAGCGGGUGGAGGAGGAAGAACGGGGGGAAUAUGCGUGAUGAGGUCCCCAAGGGGAUUCGGUGCAGCGGGGGCGGCGGCGCACACACCUCCUAACACCAGGCUAGGGAGCACAAGCAGUAAUGGUAGCGGGAGGAAGACACUUAGGCGAAGACACCAAACCACCGGCACAGAAAGCAUUCAUUCAAAAUUCACAAACCAACAUCAGCCACCCCACCAGCCCACUCACCACCACCACCGUAGAGCAAAGACAGCCACAGCCACAGCCCCAAUCGCCUCCCGCACUAAUACCACGGGGGAUUACUUCACCCUCCAACCGGACCACUCCACAUUUAGUAUCUCGGAUGAGGAGGAGGGUGAGGGAGCAGAACCCGUUGCGAACUCCGCAAGAAAGAGAUUUGCUAGUUGGAAUGGAUUGGUAAUUUCGAUACCAACUGCUACCAACAGUAACGAUGGCGGGCGCGCGUUGAGCUCUAGACGUGGGAGGGAGUUGGUCCGCAUGACGAGGGUUGCUGGAGAGUUUGAUGGUGGUGGUGGUGGUGGGGUUAAGGUUGGUAUUGGAAGGGCAAAGAGUGCGGAGGAGUUGAGGGGGUUUAGGGGGUGA